GGCUUCCUCCAUGUAAGGGAGCCUUCGAGUCCUUGUCUCCAGCACCGGCCGUCGGUGUGCAGCCCACGCAUGGAACCAUGGCAUACAGGGUGAUAGCCUUCAGCGGGCUUCCGCCUCGGAGUGCUCUCAACUGGGAUGAAUCGGAGCUCCUUCAACCACCGCUACCUCCCUUCUACCAGCCUAGAUCGCUAGAAGGAGAAGGACUAAAUUCACAGGCCCGAUGGCGAUCGCUCGCCCCAAUCAAAAUUCCUUCUUUUAUGUCUCCGACGUACGGAGCAUCUUUCUUUACAGUGGGAACAAUUCAGAGGUACAGCGGAGACUCCGUGAGCUUGGACGUUGACGAGAGCACGUUGUCGGAGUUCUACGAUCAGUCGUUCGCUCUCCAUGAGGGAACGCAUCACUCUUUUACGAGUGUUACAAAGUCGUUUACAGACGACUCCGAGCUUACUCCAAGCUUCGAAGGUGAAAGCCUCGAUUACUCGAUGUCCAAGCUUUCACAGUCCAAGGUCAACCAGCAGAACUUCGAGGGUCAACCUGUGUAUGGACACCUGAUUGACGUCGAAGAUAUCCCUAGCGCGAUGUACCUACAGUCCUUAGCUCCACGGAAAGUCAUUGUGAGCCUGGUCGUUGCCAUAAUCAACAUUCAGCCGCGGCGCCGCGUUCAGACACGAUGGGGUCGUGAGAUGGACAUUGUGGAGCUGUUGGUGGGCGACGAGACGAAGGCUGGGCUUCGCGUGAGUUGCUGGGUGCCGCCGUCGACAGAGGACACAAGGACUGUCACUGCGAAUUCGUUGGAGCAGUCGCUCAAGGCGUUGCGACUGCGUGACAUAAUUCUGCUGCGUCACAUCGUCCUGGGGUCCUUUCGCGGGCAAGUCUAUGGCCAGAGUUUACGGCAGAACAUGACGAAGGUUGAUGUUUUGGAUCGCGAGGAUGCGGGAGUUGGUCAAACCGAUCGUCCGGGGGAGGCGAACAGGUCGGGUCCGCAUGCGCUGAAGAUCCGCAAGGUGAGGCGCUGGAUGCGGAAGUUCGUCACUCCGGGGGCGGCCGGGAGGGAGGAUGUGAACAAUUUUUUGUUUGUCGCGCCGGCAGGAACCGUCCAGCUUCCACCUGAUACUCAACAGUGAGCAAUGCGCGGCGUGCUCUGCAGAUAGCGAUAAUAAUUCUUAAUCGGCAGUUCGCUGGUCACGUUAGACCAAAAAGUCGUCCUGCUUUUGGGCGUUUAUUUUUAUUAUUAUUUUUUUAAUUUAUUUAUU